UGCGCAGAGGGACAAGGAAGCGGGUGCCCUGGGCAGCCUCGGCGUCUGCGCACUGCGGGCUCCGGGGCCUCCCGACCUGAGGGAGAGGAGCUGGGAAGAUGGCGGCUGUGGUGGAGAAUGUAGUGAAGCUCCUUGGGGAGCAGUACUACAAAGAUGCCAUGGAGCAGUGCCACAAUUACAAUGCCCGCCUCUGUGCUGAGCGCAGUGUGCGCCUGCCUUUCUUGGACUCACAGACUGGAGUAGCCCAAAGCAACUGUUACAUCUGGAUGGAAAAGCGACACCGGGGUCCAGGAUUGGCCUCUGGACAGUUGUAUUCCUACCCUGCCCGGCGCUGGCGGAAAAAGCGGAGAGCCCACCCACCCGAGGAUCCCCGGCUUUCUUUCCCAUCUAUUAAACCAGACACAGACCAGACCCUGAAGAAGGAGGGACUCAUCUCUCAGGAUGGCAGCAGUUUAGAAGCUCUGUUACGCACUGACCCACUGGAGAAGCGAGGGGCCCCAGAUCCCCGUGUUGAUGAUGACAGCCUGGGCGAGUUUCCUGUGACCAAUAGUCGAGCUCGGAAGCGGAUCCUUGAACCAGAUGACUUCCUAGAUGACCUUGAUGAUGAGGACUAUGAAGAAGAUACUCCCAAGCGUCGGGGCAAGGGUAAAUCCAAGGGUAAGGGUGUGGGCAGUGCCCGGAAGAAGUUGGACGCUUCCAUCCUGGAGGACCGGGACAAGCCGUAUGCCUGUGACAAUAGUUUCAAACAAAAGCAUACCUCGAAAGCGCCCCAGAGAGUUUGUGGAAAACGUUAUAAGAACCGACCUGGCCUCAGUUACCACUAUGCCCACUCCCACCUGGCUGAGGAGGAGGGCGAGGACAAGGAAGACUCCCAGCCACCCACCCCUGUUUCCCAGAGGUCUGAAGAGCAGAAAUCCAAGAAGGGUCCUGAUGGAUUGGCCCUGCCCAAUAAUUAUUGUGACUUCUGCCUGGGGGAUUCAAAGAUCAACAAGAAGACCGGACAGCCUGAGGAGCUGGUAUCCUGUUCUGACUGUGGCCGCUCAGGGCAUCCAUCCUGCCUCCAGUUCACCCCUGUGAUGAUGGCGGCUGUGAAGACCUAUCGCUGGCAGUGCAUCGAGUGCAAGUGCUGCAAUCUCUGUGGCACCUCUGAGAAUGACGACCAGCUGCUCUUCUGUGAUGACUGUGAUCGUGGCUACCACAUGUACUGUCUCACCCCAUCCAUGUCUGAACCUCCUGAAGGAAGCUGGAGCUGCCACCUGUGUCUGGACCUGCUAAAGGAGAAAGCUUCCAUCUACCAGAACCAGAACUCCUCCUGAUGUACCACCCCAGUCCCCCCCACACAUCUAAGGCUGUUUCUCUCCUCCACCUUGAUUUUCAUACCCACCUUCCCUUCCUCCUCUCUUUCACAAGUCCAGAACCUCGGGUGGUCGUGCCAACCUGCCUUUGGCAACAGCAAGUGAAGGUGGCACUUCUGACCACCUCUGGACCCAGGCCCUCAGGGAGAAAGGAGCAAGCAGCACGCUGCCCCAGGACAGACCUGUGGACCCAGCUUCUAUCUGCUCUCCAUGAAGUGCAUUCACUCUGCUUGCCUUGGGCCCAGGCCCUGGUGAUCACAGGGUUCAAAUCAUAUCCUCUGAGAAAGAGUGGGAGAGCAGCUCACUUUUUGGCCCUACCUGGCCCCCUACUCUGGUCUCCAGGGUUUCCUUCCCCAAAGGUUAGGCUGGCCAGGCCUCUUUGCUGGGAGCAGCUGGGAUUGAGCGAGAUGAGGCUGUACUUACCAGGAGCUUUCCAUGCCCCUUGUGCUGCUUCACCUUGCCUCUUCCCUCCAGGGUGCCCCUCUGUGGCCCUUUGUCCUGCUACACAGGGUCUUGCCUAAGCCAGGAUGUUCUUGGUCACCCUCCUGGCUCUACCCUGUCCUACCCUACCCCACACAGGACUAGCAGCUUCACCUCUCCUUCCUGUGCUUGGCUGGCUCAGCUGUGGGUGGUCUCUGGCAACCCAAGCGUUCCCUGUCCUUGGAACUUCCUCGUCUUCUGCCUCCCUUGUUCUGUUCGGUUUUGUGAGGAGAGGGGAUGUGCCAGAGUGCCAGGCCAGCAGCUUGGGGCCACAGGGAGACGGUGGAUAAUGUGCCUGUUUUUUAUCUCGAUAAAAAAGCCUACCUCCAGAAUUCCCUUUUUGUUCUUCCUGGACCUGGGCAUUCAGCCUCCUGCCCUUAACUGAGUUGGGAGCCUCUGCCUCCUGCCUGUGUAUCCUGGUUCCCAGGUCACAGGAAAGCCGCAUAGACAUCCCCUUCCCUUGCACGCUCGCUAGCAGCUGGUAAGGUCUUCACAUCCUGAUUCCUUGGUUUUCUGCUUAGUGGUACUGACAUUAAGUAGGAGAGGGGCAGUACAUGCCAGGACACCCUGCAGUAGCCUUCCCCCUUGGCUGUGGGCAGGCCCUAACUCACUGUGGCUUUGGAGUUAAGGUGUCUCUCCCUGCCCCUUUAGUUCCUGUAUUCUAAACAUUAGUAAAAAUAAACAUUUUUACAGAGCCCUCUGCUGGAUGGUUUGUCUCCUGACUCUACUGCUUAAGAUGGCCAUUUCAUCUAAAACUUUCUUUUAAGACAG